AUGGAACCAGAUAUUAUUCGAAUGUACUCCUCAUCCCCUCCACCACUAGACAAUGGAGCUGAUGAUGAUGAUGAAGAUGAAUUUGGAGAAUUUGGAGGAUUUUCUGGUGUGAGCACUGCUGGUGUAGCUUUUCCUGAUUUUGAUACACCAGACUACAGUCAUCCAAAGGAGGAAUUUAUACCGACAAAUCAUUUCAUCCCACUUCAUGAUUAUUCAGACAAUGUAGCUAGCAUUGCAACUUUCACAUCUGUUAAAAAUGUUAAAGAUAAAGACUGCAUUGCAGAGCUUCCUACUCUUACUAAGGAACUUUGUGAUAUAUCAGCUACUAGUACCAGCAAAGAAAAAUCUAACUUUAGAACUUCAGGUACUGCUUUAGAAGAUGUAAAUAAAAGAGGGGAACAAAGAGGCAACACUGGGAAAUCAGAGGUUUUUUCUUCUCGUGUCAUUAGAACUGGUAUAGCAGAUGAGAGCCAGGAUGAGCAAAUAGAUGCUUGUAAUGGUGAGAAACUUCCAUGUCUAGAGAUUCUAACAAAUGGAUUUGCAGCAUCGGACCCUGUAAAUCCUCAGGGAACAGAAGAUCUAGACAGUAUUGGUGACUCAAAGGGACUGAAAACUGUUAGUGGCCAUAGUACUGAGAAAAAUUUUAACUCAAUGCCUAGCUCAGGUGAAGACUUUGCAGAUUUUGCUACAUUCUCAAACAAAAAAACAAUCCAUUUAGAGGGAACAGGACCUACAAUACACAGAGUUCUUAAUGAAAGAGACUCUCUGAGCGUUCAGGAGAACAACAGAAUAAACAGAGUAACUUGUGUUGAAGAGGUUUGCAUUUCAGAAACUAGUUGUGAACAGGGUCCCUCAGCACUGGAAGAUAAUGAAUUUGCAAUUUCUAGUACAUCUCGAACAACUGGAAGUUCAAUAUGCACUACUGAAAAUGGCGAACGCAGUGGGAGGAGACGACAACAUGACACAGAGAAUGGCAAAGAUUUUACUAGGCCUGAUGACUCUUUGGGAAUAGAGGACAUCAAGGCUGAUAAGAUCCAAAGCCUAAGCAGUGAUCUUGCAGGAGAAAAAUCGGGUGAUUCCGAAGAGCUUAAGAAUGGUGGAAGUAGUACUGAAGUUGUAGCCUGCAGUGACACACAUGAUGAUGAUUUUGGUGAUUUUGGUUCAGUUGGCAGUGCAUCUCCCACCGUCGUUAAUGCUCAAGAAUCAAUAAAUGCUUUAGAUUUAGAAGGAACUUCUGAACAGCCCGCACACAUUAGCGAACCUAAUGAUGAAUUUGGUGAAUUCAGGGACACAAGUACUGUUUCUCAGCAGCCAGCAAGGUUGGAUCAAGUUGAACUAAAUCAGACUGCUGACAAUUUAGAAUGUGAUACUACCAGUAAAACUUCAGGCUUAGACUUCCAGCAUACUACUGAGGUAGAAAAUGGUGAUGAUAGUGAAUUUGGAGACUUCGAUGCAGUGCCAAAACCACAGGAUGAGAGUGUUGCUUUUCAGGACUCUGACGGGAAUGCUUUUGAAGAUGAACAAAAAGACAACUGUUCUUGGGCUGCCUUUGGAGAUGAGCAAGCUGGUGAAUCUCAUCACAGAAAAGAGAUGUGGCAAUCACAUAGGACAGAUGCAUCUGCUGGGAUUGAUGGUCCAGUAUUACACAAGACUGACAGUUUUGCUUUGACAUCUUUGCAAGGAACUACCAGUAAGCAAUCUCAAGAGCCAGCACCUUUAGUUCAGACAACAUUGCUAAAUCGUCUGGAACGAAUAUUUGAAGUCUGUUUUCCUUCCAUGCCUGUUCUUGAAGUUGAAGAAGAAAUAAAUUCCUUGAAUCGUUUGUUGGAAGCAGGUGAAAAGCAGAUGACAACUGAGGAGACCUCAGGAAAUACUGGGGGACUGAUGGACGUGUGGACAGAGCUGCAGGAUAUCCACGAUGCAUAUGGACUGAGAUACCAGUGGGGUGGCUCUCACAGCAACAAAAAGCUUUUGUGCUCCUUGGGAAUCGACACAAGAAAUAUUCUCUUUACAGGCAACAAGAAACAGCCUGUUAUAGUACCCAUGUAUGCAGCAGGACUGGGUAUGUUAGAGCCUACCAAGGAACCUUUGAAACCAAUAUCUGCAGCAGAAAAAAUAGCUUCAAUAGGACAGACACCUCCUGUAUCGCCAGAGAUGAACACAUGUACAUCUGAUCAGUUCCAGGAAUCUCUACCACCUGUCCAGUUUGACUGGAGUAGCAGUGGCCUUACUAACCCUUUAGAUGCUAGUGGAGGUUCCACUCUUCUGAACCUUGAUUUCUUUGGGCCCGUGGAUGACAGUAGCUCUAGCAGCACCACCACAAUCCCAGGUGUGGAUCCUGAGUUGUAUGAAUUGACAACCUCAAAACUGGAAACUUCCAAUGCAAGCAACAGAGUGACGGAUGCGUUUGCAAGACUCAUGUCGACGGUGGAGAAGGCAAGCACGUCCACAAGGAAGCCUAAAAAGGAAGAACAUCUUAGUGAAGAGGCUGCCAAGGUGAUUUCUAGCCUUCCUGACUUAACUUUCAUGCAUGCCAAGGUGUUGAUGUUCCCAGCCACAUUAACACCUUCAACAAGCUGCCAAGAAAAGGUAGACUAAAGUGAUGUGAAUUGGACGUUUUCUAUUGAUUUUUUUUUUCUUCCCUCUGUGGGUCAUAAAAAGCAAUCUUGCUUUAAUUAAAAAAAAAUCAAGUUCAGAUGAUUUGUUGGUAAGCAGCACUAGAAAGGUAUACAUAGUAAUGUAUAUUUAUUUACAUACUGGAGUCCUAAAUUUAUAUUAGAGAAAAAUGUAAAUAAUUGGGGGUGAAUCUUUUUGAAGAUCUAUUCUUUUUUGUUGUGCUGGGGUGUAUACAUUUAUGUCUUUGUGAAAUACACUGGUGGUGUCCUUCUUACAAAACUUUAAAAAGUUUUUAAAAAAAAAAAAUCCUAGAAACACAGAGUGAAAACUGCAAUCUUCACAAUCUGUGAAGUCCCCCUUAAAGGUUUUCAGAUUGCAUUGAGCAUCUUUUUCUUUCCUGCAUAUAUUAAAAUACUUCUUGCUGGAAAAAACCCAAAAGAUUACCUUGUCCCUUUGCAGGUUUUCAGUUAUUGUUGUUUCUUUAAAUCCCAGUAAUUCCUUUUGCGUUUUAACAAGCUUAAGAUGCGUUUUUCCUUUUCUUCUCCCCCGUCCCCUCCCCCUGUUUGAUUGUUUGGCUGAUCUUAAACUUCAAUAGUAUGGCUCUGUCACUAUAUUGCCUUUUGAAAGGUAUGCUGUCAGUAACUUCAUGUUCCAGUUAUGGAUCGCUGUCUAAACACUUGAUUUUUUGGGGUCAUUAGAAGGUUGUCUGCUUUUAAUCAGUUUGAUUUGGAAAAGAAGGACCAAAACUAUAUGAAUGUCUUACAAUGAAAUUUACCUGUUAAAAAAUUUUAUGUUCUGUUGUACCACUAUUCCUGUUUGAUUUUGCACAGUGUAAAAUGACAUAAUCAUAGAUUGCUAUGGUUUUAGGCUGUAUAUACAGUAAAAACUAUGGGUUGUAAAUGUCUGGGGAAAUUCCUAUGGAAAAAAGAGAGCUAUGUAGAAGAACCUCUAAAAAGGUCAAUGUGCAUGCCCAAGGUCUUUUGAGAUUUAAGUGUGUAAAUUUCCUUUUAGCUUACACAAAAUAAAAUAAUUUAAAAGAUA